ACUUAUACACACAACCCUGUUAACACCGUGUCUGCAAAGCCAAUUUCAAAAGAACUUAUCUACAGCCAUGCACCAGCUGUCCAUCACUUUGUCUCUGCUUGGGCUCUUAGUUGGGCUUCACAGAGGUGGUGAGGGUAUAGGGAUUGAGAGGACCAACACUGGAGUGAUCACUGUGAGGAAUGGACAGACCUGGGGUUCAUGGUCCAAUCCUGAGAUGUGUCCAUUGGGCACCUAUGCUACAGGCUUCAGCCUUAAGGUUGAGCCGAAGCAGGGUGCCGGGGAUGAUGCAGCUCUGAAUGGAAUCGCCCUUCGCUGCACAUCAUCAUUCCACAGUCUUGGCUCAUAUGUGUCCUAUGCUACAGUGAGAUCUGACACAGGAAGCUGGGGAAAAUGGACCAGAAAUAGGUGGUGCAGAGCUGGACAUCUGGUAGCUUUUCAGAUGCAAGUAGAGGGUUUUCAAUAUGUAGGAGAUGACACUGCUGCCAACAACAUAAGGUUCAAAUGCAGUACUGGUGAAGUGCUGGAGGGAGAUGGCACGUCCUGGGGGAGUUGGGGGUCCUGGAGCCCAACCUGUACUGGGAAGGGGAUCUGUGGGAUUGAAACAAAAGUGGAGCUACCUCAAGGAGUGGGCGAUGACACCGCUCUUAAUGAUGUCCGGUUCUUUUGCUGCAGAUAAGAAUGCAGUGGUGACAGGUAUAGAAGAGCUACAAAUCUGAAUAAGCCACAAUAAACGUCACACUCUCUCAGAUGGAAGCAAUAAUGUGAAGAGAUUGUAGUUUCACUAAUGCACCUUUUAUAUCGAGUUCUCAUACUGGCUGAGAAUGCGCACAUCAAAAUAAUAAAGAUCUUUAUU